UUUGUUGUUGUGUUUCACUUUUACUUUUACUUUUUCCUUUCCAAUUUUGUUAAUUGGAAACACAUUCACAUCUUUUCUCUUUUGGUCGUAGAUUACGUAAUUCCUUACUUUCGGCUUUUAUUUUUCUAAGUUGCUUUUGACUAAAAUGAAGAUUCUCUCUCAUUGUUCACAGAAGGAGAUUGAAGAAAAUGGUGGAUGACACCAAGGACAUGUCAGAUUUUAGGCAAUUGCUUUUGUUCUCUCUUCAAAAAGUGACUGGUCUCACUGUCUCCCCUUUUUUCUCGAAUCUCACCGACCUUGAGCUUAAAUUUCUCCUCAACCUCAUCCCAUUCCCAUAUUCCAAUGUUCACCAUCUUUAAGGCUAUAGAUAAAAUGAAUUUUGGCUCAGUAGUUGGUUUAAGAAAGGGAGAAAUUGUAGAUCUACAUUUAUAUCUUCUUGGUCUCCCGAAAUCGACUUCUCUUAAUUAUCUCUUGGUGAUAUUAUCUUUUUGAAUAAUGUGAACUUGAUGACCAAUAAAAUCAUCUAAGACUUUUAGACUUAGUUGGUCUUGGCAUAUACAAAUGGGUAUUGGGUUAUGAAAGCAGUACACCUAUAGUUAGUUAAUCCUCUACGUGUUUUUACACGCUUUCUUAGUACCGCUGAUGUUUAUAGAAGAAUACUCCAUAUGAUACGGAACAUUCAAAAUCUUGCAAGGAUAGAAGAUAGAGUUCUGAUUCUGUUUUUCGCCAAGGAUAUUUCGGCAUAAAGAAGUGAUAACUCAUCAUCCAAUUAUGAUAGAAUCUGGAUUACUCUCUUUGGAUGAAGCUGAAAGCAACAGAGAUCGAAGUUUUUGUAUAAUUUCCCUGUGAAUGAACCUAAACAUCAGAAAGAUCGCGUGAGAGAUGGAAGAUUUCUAUAGAAUUGUCCCACUUAGACGUACUCCUGAUACGGUCUAUGAACUUUGAUCACCAAGGAUUUAAUGACAUUUUAUCUCAGUAUCAAGCAAGAGAUCUUGGAAAUCAAAAGGUGAGAGGCUUGCUUAAAAGAAAAGAAGUUGAUAUCUAACCAACCAUAAAACAGAGCAUUAGAGAGAGAAAAACAGAGGUUACACACUUCCAUCCAUCAACAAAGUUAUUUUUUUAAAUUUAUCUCUUAGUCUAGGCUGAUGCAUGAUCAGAAGCUACAUCCACUAGAGGUUAUCUCUACCUCCCAAAACUUACGAAUCAAAACCGUCUCAAAAGAUGCAAUGGACUCAUUUUCAAGAGAGGCGCGGAAAUAGAAAGUUUAUUAUGGUCGUGGAGGACAUGGAAGCCAAGCUAGUCCCUCACAUAUGGCUAGCUUCAAAGUUCAAACCAUGUCCAUACAUUCUCUCUCUUUUCUCUCAUAUGUUUCCCAAAUGUAUGUACCAUCUAAGCUGUGCUCUACUCUACUCUACUUGUUUGAAUCAAAGGUCAUUGCUUGUAAAACGCCCUUUUAAUUUAAAUACUUGAUAGCAAAAGAAAAAAAAACAGAUCUUCCCAUACUCUGCGUUUGAGCAAAGCUCUCGACCAACAGUUUACUUGAAGCAAGCUACAAUUAUUUUUUUUUAAAUACUACCAAAUAUGUGUUUUUCUCCUAAAAUUUUGUCUGUCCAAAAUAUUCAUUCUUUUAUUUUUUUUACUAAUAAAAAAUCCCUACAAAAUUUUAAAGGAGUUUGAUCUCUUCCGCAAGAGAGUUGAAAAUGGCAACAAUGCAUGAGGAGAAAGAGUCGAAGCAUCACUUCCCCCACGCGGCACGAAGCCUUGUGGACGCUGAAAUUGUGAACACAAAUACUAAAAAAUACUCGAGAAUGGGCAUCUUUGAAAAAGUCGCAAUACCUUAACCAGGGUAAUCUUGAUGGACUCGGUAGUUUUUUUAUUUCGGUCAAUGACGUUUAGUAGAAAUGAUCUUAAAAAACUCGACCAAUAGAAAAAGAUAUGGCGUAACGUAACUUGAAGAGAGUAAAUACUCUAUAAAUGUCAUCCUUUUAGAAGAAAAAGGAAAAAAAAAACACUUUCAUGGCUUCUUCUUCUUCUUCCUCUUCCUCUUCUACAUCUUCUUUACCAUUACACCGUUGGAGAUACCAUGUGUUCUCCAGCUUCCGAGGAGAAGACGUACGUAAAAACUUUCUUAGUCACUUUCACAAGGAGCUAAAACUUAAAGGAAAUGAUACAUUUAAAGAUGAUGGAAUCAAGAGAAGUACGUCAAUAUGGCCUGAGCUCAAACAAGCUAUAUGGGAGUCAAGAAUUUCCAUAGUCGUUCUCUCCAUGAACUACGCUGGUUCUAGCUGGUGCUUAAACGAGCUGGUAGAGAUCAUGGAGUGCAGGGAAGUUUCGGGACAAACACUGAUGCCGAUUUUCUAUGAAGUGGAUCCAUCAGAUGUAAGAAAACAGAAAGGAGAGUUUGGGAAAGCCUUUGAGAAGAUUUGUGCGGGAAGAACAGUGGAAGAGACGCAGAGAUGGAGACAAGCUCUAACCAAUGUUGGUAGUAUAGCCGGCGAGUGUUCAUCAAAUUGGGACAAUGAUGCCGAAAUGAUAGAAAAGAUUGUUGCUGAUGUUUCUGAAGAGCUGAAUCGUUGCACAACUUCAAAGGAUUUCGACGGUUUAGUUGGAUUAGAAGCUCAUGUGGCGAAGUUGUGUUCUAUGUUAUGUUUAGAGUCUAAUGAAGUGAGGAUGAUAGGGAUUUGGGGCCCUAUUGGAAUCGGUAAGACCACCAUCGCCAGAGCUUUGUACAGCCAACUUUCUGCUGCUGCUGAUGAUAACUUUCAGUUAAAUAUUUUCAUGGAGAAUGUUAAAGGAAGUUGCAGGAGAAACGAGCUUGAUGGUUAUAGCUUGAAGUUGCAUUUACAAGAAAGAUUUCUCUCUGAAAUUUUCAACAAGAGAGAUAUAAAGAUAAGCCAUUUAGGUGUUGCACAAGAAAGGCUUAAGAAUCAAAAAGCUCUUAUUGUUCUUGAUGAUGUAGAUGAAUUACAACAACUACAUGCAUUGGCAGAUCAAACUCAAUGGUUUGGUAAUGGAACCAGGAUUAUUGUGACUACAGAAGAUAAACAGCUUUUGAAAGCUCAUGGAAUUAGUCAUGUCUAUGAAGUGGGUUUUCCAUCUAAGGAUGAAGCCUUCAAGAUAUUGUGUAGAUAUGCUUUUGGGCAAAACUCAGCACCAGAAGGAUUCUAUGAUCUAGCUGUUGAAGUUUCUCAACUUUCUGGAAAUCUUCCUCUAAGUCUCAGCGUUCUAGGUGCAUCUUUGCGAGGGGUGAGCAAGGAGGAGUGGACUAAAGCGCUACCGAGGCUUAGAACAAGUCUAAAUGGGAAAAUUGAGAAAGUACUUGGAGUAUGCUAUGAUAGUUUAGAUGAGAAAGAUAGGCUCAUCUUUCUUCAUAUUGCAUGCUUGUUCAACGGCGAGAAGGUAGAACGUGUGAUCCAGUUUCUUGCUAAGAGUGAACUGGAAGUAGAGUUUGGACUUAAAGUCCUUGUUGACAGAUCUCUUCUACAUAUCUGUGAUGAUGGGAAUAUAGUGAUGCAUUGUUUGCUACAACAAAUGGGCAAAGAAAUCAUUAGAGGACAAUGUAUAGAUGAGCCUGGAAAACGUAAGUUCCUAGUCGAUGCUAAGGACAUCUCAGAUGUUCUUGUAGAUGCAACUGGUACAGAAACUGUAUUAGGUAUAUCACUAGAUAUGUCUAAAAUCAAUGAUGAUGUGUGUAUAAGUGAAAAAGCAUUUGAUAGAAUGCAUAAUCUUCAAUUCUUGAGGCUGUACACGAACUUUCAAGAUGAAUCAUUCAAGCUGUGUUUACCUCACGGCUUAGACCGUCUACCUCAUAAACUAAGGUUACUACAUUGGGACUCGUAUCCGAUAAAAUGUAUGCCUUCCAGGUUUCGUCCUGAGUUUCUCGUGGAACUUAGCAUGAGAGACAGCAAGCUAGAGAAGCUUUGGGAAGGUAUCCAGCCGUUAACAAGUCUCAAACAAAUGGAUUUGAGUGCGUCUACGAAGAUUAAAGAUAUUCCAAAUCUCUCAAAAGCAACAAAUCUUGAGAAAUUGUAUCUUAGAUUCUGCAAAGCUUUGGCCAGUGUUCCGUCUUCUCUCCAAAACCUUAAUAAACUCAAAGUAUUGGACAUGUCUUCUUGCGUAAGACUAAACGCUCUUCCGACAAACAUGAACUUGGAAUCUCUCAGUGUCCUUAACAUGAAGGGAUGCUCGAAGUUGAGGAUCUUUCCAGAGAUCUCAAGUCAAGUAAAGUUCAUGUCUGUUGGGGAAACAGCCAUAGAGGAAGUGCCUUUGUCUAUUAGUCUCUGGCCUCAGCUUAUUUCGUUGGAAAUGUCAGGGUGUAAGAAACUAAAGACAUUCCCAAAGCUCCCAGCAAGUGUAGAGGUAUUGGAUUUGAGCAGUACGGGAAUAGAAGAGAUUCCUUGGGGGAUCGAGAACGCAUCUCAGCUUCUUAUAAUGUGCAUGGCUAAUUGUAAGAAGCUGAAAUGUGUACCACCAAGCAUCUAUAAGAUGAAACAUCUUGAAGAUGUCGAUUUAUCUGGCUGCUCUGAACUUCGCCCCCUGCUUUCUUCCAGGAGAACAAAUGAAGCAAAGAGUCUUUUGAAUGCAGAGUCUUUGAGAAAUGCAGGAAAAGAAACACCAAAAAGAACUGUAAUGGCUCGAGGAAGAAGAAUAUUAACAUGGAUGAAAACACUCUGCUCUUUUCAGUGACAGGGGCUUCUGAGACCAGAGUCUAGACUAUACGCGCCAUAGUGGAACACUUACUAUCUGGCUUGGACUCUUAAAUGCUCUGUUUUGUUCCUUUGUAUGAAUGUUUCUUUUAGUUUAAGCAACCUUCGAAUUAAACUAUUCACAUCACAAAACCAAGCAGCAGAGAUCAAGUACUGCUUCAGAUGAAAAACUGAGAGGCUAAACACAGGAAUCUGAAGAAGUGAAAAAUUGACUAAAUGCUAUAUUUAUGACGUGAGAUCCCUCUUGAACGUGCAAUUUCAUGUUAAUUUUUUGUAUAAAACAUACAUGAGCUGAAGUUUUGUGAUCGUGUAAGCACUUCGAAGAUCAACUAAAGUGAGUGCGCUUAUUAUCAAUUAUUAUUACGUAGAACCCAAAUGAAUAAGCACGUUCAUAGACAAUGGUCAAUGGGAUCACGAGAGAUACAUUAGCUAGCAUAAAGAAGAAUCAAUCUUUAUUUCCUUUCAAAAGACACAAACAUUGCAGCAAAUUCAAAAGAUGCCAUAUCAUCUCAUCUCUCUCAGCAAGAGGGAUACAAUAUGCAUCAAUUCUAACUUCCGACUAAAUAUUUUUAUAUUAAAAAAAAACAAACAAAACACAACCAGAGAAACGAACUCGUUUUCCUCUUCAAAUCAUUUAAUUUCAAGCUUUUCUUCACUUGGCACUGGCGAGCUGGGA